UCGGCAGCGCCACCAUCUUCGCUUAGACUAUUCCUAGUGAGGGAUCAGAAUAGGAUAUAUGAUUUGUUCUUCUCUCUCAUGCAUCACAUAUUCACAACUCACAACCAGCCAAAAUACAAAAAGAGCCACACCAUCCUACGCGGGAUUAGAAGAGAAGUUGGAGAGACUUCAAAAGUUCUUCUAACAAACUUAUCAAACAAAGGGUUUUUUCUCCAAAAUUCUCAAUCACUCUCCACCAUCGUUCUCUCAUCUGCUCCAUCUUCAGCCUGCAACUGACUACAACAUCCUUCGCCUUCUCCGCGCCGUCCGUCUCCUGCCAACUCUGGUGUCUUCUCAUCCUCUGUCGAGCACCAGCGUUCUCUGGCCUAUCCGAGCCACACCAUCCUACGCGGGAUUAGAAGAGAAGUUGGAGAGACUUCAAAAGUUCUUCUAACAAACUUAUCAAACAAAGGGUUUUUUCUCCAAAAUUCUCAAUCACUCUCCACCAUCGUUCUCUCAUCUGCUCCAUCUUCAGCCUGCAACUGACUACAACAUCCUUCGCCUUCUCCGCGCCGUCCGUCUCCUGCCAACUCUGGUGUCUUCUCAUCCUCUGUCGAGCACCAGCGUUCUCUGGCCUAUCCGAGUAUUUUUGUUGCAGUGUAUCUUGUAUUUCUGUCCCUGACAUUGCAAUGACUCAAGAUUGUUCCGUCAACAAAAGCUUGUCCGAGAAUAGAGAUUUUUGGUUUAAUUUUGAUGGCUAUUGGGAAAAAAUUGGAACUUGGGUUUAUAAAUGUUGGGAUGCAGAUAUUGUGAGUGAUAAAGUGAGCAAAAUGACUUUUGAUCGUAUCAAGAAACAUUUUUCUGACUUGGGGUAUCCGAAUCCUAAAGCUAUAUGUGUUCGUGACCCUGAUAAAAAUUUCAAAGAGGGUUUGUAUCUAAUUGAGGAUGAAGAGUCUUGUAGGAAAUCUCUACAAUAUAUUGAGGUACUUAAUGUGGAAAAAGUUGAGUUCUUUAUUGAUGAUGAUAAUAUGCCAUUACCAGAUGACAUUACUCCGAGUAUAUUGUUAGUUCCUACUAUGUGUAGUGAUGGUAACAAUAUAGAGAGUGAAAGAGUACAGGAAUUGGUGGACGUAAGAGUUGUUUCACAAUAUAAUUGGCAAGAAAGUGAAUAUGUCAACCCUGUGGGUUACAUUAGUGAAGAAGAUGAUGCUUAUGAUGAUGGCGAAUUUGUUAGUGAAGACAAUGGUACUGAAACCGAGGAUGAUACAAAUGUAGAUGAUGAUAUUGAGAAUUUGGCAAAUGAUAGUGGAUAUUUUAUGUUGGGGAGGACAUUUGCUGAUGUAAAAGAGGCACGUGAAGCAAUACACGAGUAUGGGGUGAAAUUUGGAUACAAGCUAAAGUUUGUAAAGAAUGAUACUACUAGAGUAAGAGUGCAUUGUGGAAAUGAGCUAAACUGUCCGUUUAAGCUUUUCAUAUCUAAGGAUGGCGAGAAAGGUGGUAUGGUUGUGAAAACUGCUGCUUUGGAGGUCAUGCAUCAAUUGAGCCUCCCCCUGGUGAAAAGCUACCGGGCAGACCUAGGAAGAAGAGAGUGCGAGCAUCCAAUGAACCCAAAUCAUCAGGUAACACUCUCUCUAGGAAAGGUCAAAUUCAACGUUGCAGUAUUUGCAAGAGCACGAGUCACAAUAAAAGAAGUUGUCCCCAAGAAAUAAGUGAGUUAGCUGGAAACUCAAACUCUUCAACUACGAGUAGGCCAGAAAAAAUGGUACCACGAAGGCAGUAUGAGGCCUCAAAACAAAGUGUUGGAGUUGGUUGUCAUGUGGACUUAAGCUCAGGCCAAAUCACUAUUGAUCCUGGAUUGUCUUCUGAAAGAGUAAUCAGGGAGGGUGAGCAAUCUUUUAUACACAAUAGCGAUCCUAUUGUUAGAGGUCCAAUACCAAACGAGAGAGAGAUCAAUCGAACCAAAAGAAAACUUAGAUCUAUAAGUUUUAGUGAGGAUGGAUCAAAAGUGAGACAAGCAGCAUCACUACCCUUCAAACCUCCAGGCUUGCAAUGGAAUGGGGGAUUAUCUAUAACCACAAGACAGUUGUUGGAGAAACAAGAAACAAUGAGAUCGAAAAUAGGAAAACAUGGAGAGAUUGGUAGGGAAAAUGCUUCUACUACAAAUUAGACUUUUAAACGUUAACUUCUGUAGCUUCUGAGCAAGUAACUUUUUUUCUUGCUGAUGGAGUCUUAUUUAUAAGUUAGCAUAUAUAAACAUGUGGUUAUAUGCUAUCUUGGUUUUUUUGUAUGUUAUUGGACUACACGAAUGAUAUUUUUCUUCUUUAAAAUGAAGUAUCUUAUCCUGACUUAA